AUGGGUUCGGUCGAUUCCGUCACAGACCUGUCGCAGGUCUCUCCUGUCUUGCUUCGAAAGUACAUCGACGGCUGUCACAUGCUCCAUCAGCAUGAUCUCGUCGACGCAUACGGCCACCUGUCGAUGCGUUUAUCCAAUUCGACUUUUCUGAUGUCCAGGUAUCUCGCUCCGGCUUUGGUUGCAUCUCUUGAAGACCUUGUCAUAUACAAGAUUGAAGAUGCACAACCUGUGAAACUAGAUGCCCCACGAGGAUUCUCGGAGCGGUUCAUUCACUCGGAAGUGUACAAAGCCUAUCCAGCUGUCCAGUCAGUGGUUCAUUCACAUAGUCUGGAUGUAGUGCCGUUUUCAAUUUCGACAGUGCCGCUGUCCGCGUGUUUCCACAUGGCAGGGUUUCUGGGCACUGCUGUUCCCGUGUGGGAUGCUGCUUCUGUGUAUAAAGACCAUCCAUCCGACAAUCAGGACAUGUUGGUGAGGAACAUCAAGCUUGCGUCUUCGCUGGCUAAGACGUUAGGGGAGGAUGGCCAGGUCAAGCAUCCAGUUGUGCUCAUGAGAGGUCACGGGAUGGUGGUGACUUCUGAGAGCCUCGAAAUGUGCAUCUUCAACUGUAUCUAUACACAACAAAAUGCAAGGGUUCAACGCAGUGCAAUGGGACUGGGUGGCGACGUCAAGUACUUUACGCAGCGCGAGGCCCACGAUACAGGAACGACGACCGGGAUGGGAGCUGUGAAGCCAUGGCCGCUGUGGGAAAAGGAGGUUGCCAAUCAAACCAUGUACCGCAAUCUAAUACCUACAUCCGAGGCUGGACAAGGCUGA